AUGAAUACUGGCCAGAAACUUACAGCCUAUGGUAGUGAUCCUGUACGAGACAUUCACCUAUAUAGAAGUACCGUCGGUGCACUGCAAUAUGCUACAAUAACCAUACCAGAAAUUUCAUACAGUGUCAACAAAGUUUGCCAAUUUAUGCAAUCUCCAAUUGAAGCUCAUUGGCAAGUGGUAAAGUGCAUUCUAAGAUACUUGGCUGGUUCCUUAGACAUGGGUUUGUAUCUCCAACCAAGUUCCAAACUCAACAUUGAAGCCUUUUGUGAUGCCGAUUGGGCAUCUCACCCAGAUGAUCGUCGCUCCACCACUGGUUAUUGCAUUUUCCUUGGUCAUAAUCUCAUAUCAUUGCAGUCAAAGAAACAACAUAUUGUUUCUAGAUCUAGCAUUGAAGCCGAAUAUAGAAGUUUAGCUCACACCGUUGCUAAAAUUUCUUGGCUAAUUGCACUUCUUGAUGAACUACAUCUUCAACCUCAUGUCAUUCCUCACAUCUAG